AUGUCUUGGAUAGUCGCACAUGCAGCCACCCUAGAGAAGAUCUCGACAUGGAUAGAAUGUAUAAUUGGUUCUCCAUCUACCUUUCGUGACCUUCUAAUUUAUAAAGUGAUUAUUGUACCCCUAGAGCUUGUGUUGACGGCUGUGAAUAAUUUAAGACAUGUUCCUAUGUGA